AAUUACGGAGAGAGAAAAUUACAGAGAGAAAAAGAGAUGGAAGAGAGAGAGAAUGCAGCUUUUUUCUACGCUGCUGUCUCUCUCUCAGUCAGUCUCUUGCGCCUUCUUACUUCUCAGCUCUUCUUCUUCUCUUCCUCCGCGUUCUCUUUUUCCUCUUUAUUCACAAAGAAAAGAAUCCCGCGUUUCUCGAGAAACUUUUUUCUUGUAGCAUUCUCUCUCUUCUCUCUCCCACACAUUUCUCAAUUUCCGCAAUUCCUCAUCUAUCUUCAUCUUUAUCUUCACUUGUCUGACCUCUGAACUGUAAGGCCAAAACAGAUGCUGUCGUGCUCCUCAAUUAACUCUCUGCAGACGGGCCCUUCAAUGGCUUAACACCAAUUCUUGUCUACACCUUCCCUCUAAUGGCGGAAAAAGGGGAAGAGAAAUUAUUAGCUGUGGCUCGCCACAUAGCUAAGACCCUGGGCCACAACGACUCCAUGGCCGACGACAUCCUCCAGAUCUUCUCCACCUUCGACGGCAGAUUCUCCCGUGACAAGCUCGCCACCAUCCACGACGACCCCAGGUCUCUCGCCACCCUCGAACACGCUCUCAACGCCCUCGACCGCCGGAUCUCCCAGUACGUCGCCGCUGACCAUCCCAUCUGGUCCGACUCCGCCGACUCCUCCGCCUUCCUCGACGCGAUCGACGAACUCCACACCAUCCUCCGCGAGUGGAGCUCUGCGGCCGGUGGCGAGAAAUGGGCGAGCGCGUGUAUGGUCCGCGCCGAAGAUUUGCUGCAUCGGGCCAUGUUUAGGCUCGAGUAUGAGUUUGGGUUGCUGAUGGACCGCGGCAGCGAGUCGUUCGAGCUGAGUCGGGGGUACGGGAACGCUGACUCGGCCGACUUCGAUUCGGAGGAAGGAGAGGUAGGGGGAGGUGUGAUUGGGGACGGCGAGGGCCACGAGAUCGCUGUUGCGCACCCCGUCACCGAUUAUGAUCUCGUGAUCGAUGCGCUUCCGUCUGGUGCGAUCAACGAUCUGAACGAGAUUGCGAGGCGGAUGGUGGUGUUGGGGUUUAGCAAAGAAUGUUCGCACGUUUACAGCAGUCGCAGGAGGGAGUUUCUGGAGGAGAGCCUCUCCAGGUUAGGAGUACGGCAGCUGAGCAUUGAAGAAGUUCAUAAAACGGCCUGGUCCGAACUCGAAGACGAGAUCGAGCGGUGGAUCAAGACCGCGAACGUUGCUUUACGGAUUCUAUUUCCGAGCGAGCGAAGGCUUUGCAAUCGAGUCUUCUUCGGCUUCUCCUCAGCUGCCGAUCUCUCCUUCAUGGAGGUCUGUCGCGGAUCUACGACUCAGCUCUUGAAUUUUGCGGACGCCGUCGCGAUUGGCUCGCGGUCGCCGGAGCGGUUGUUCAGAAUCCUCGACGUGUUUGAAACGCUGAGAGAUUUGGUGCCAGAAUUCGAAGCCGUGUUCGCCGAUCAGUACUGUUUGGUUCUUAGAAACGAAGCGAUUACAAUCUGGAAAAGGUUGGGGGAAGCAAUCAGAGGGAUUUUCAUGGAACUGGAGAAUUUGAUCAGUCGAGAUCCUGCCAAGACACCGAUCCCUGGCGGCGAUCUUCAUCCGAUCACUCGCUAUGUCAUGAAUUACCUCCGUGCUGCAUGCCGGUCUCGGCAAACCCUCGAACAUAUCUUUGAUGAAAACAUCGAAUUUCCUAGCAAUUACAGGAAGCCUGAUGAUAGAUCGACUUCAUCACCAUUAUCAGUCCAGAUGGUUUGGAUAAUGGAGUUACUGGAGAGCAACUUGGAGGCAAAGUCGAAGAUUUAUGAAAACUCUGCCUUGUCCUCUCUUUUCUUGAUGAACAAUGAGAGGUACAUUGUUCAGAAAGUGAAAGACAGCGAAUUGGGGACCCUCUUGGGUGAGGAUUGGAUCCGGAAACAUGCUGGAAAGGUCCGAUUGUAUCUUUCAAUUUACCAGAAUAGCUCAUGGAACAAGGUCUCGGGAGUUUUGAAAAUAGACACCGGCUCGCAGGCAUCCACCAUCGGAUCCCUAAGAUCUAUGAUGGAGAAGCUCGUGUUUUUCAAUACAUCCUUUGAGGAUAUUUGCAAGUUUCAAUCUCAAUGUGUCAUUUUUGAUGAGCAGCUUAGGGAGGACUUGAGGAAUACAGUCUCGGAGAAUUUGUUGAAAGCAUAUCAAACCUUUCUUGGGAAGCUUUUAAGCGUUUCUGAACCCGGAAAGAGUGUUGAAAAGCCUGUUAGGCAUUACAGUGUUGAGCAUGUUCAUGCUCGGAUCAGCGAGGCGUUCCAGGGAUCAGCAGCAGGUGGCAGGAAGUGAAGAAACAGUGCCACUCAUUGUUCAUGCUGUAUCAUGAAUGUAUGUAUGUUCUUUUUUUCUUCAAUUGUUCUUUAUGUAAGUUUUAACCUCAGUGAUUCGUGUGCUUUUCAUAGCUAUUUUAAUCUUUGUUUAGCAAUUAGCAUAGCUUUUUCUGUUUGUUAAAUUAGGGAUAUAUAUUAUAUAGGCUUACCAAAGAUCAAUCAGCCUCAAAUGCCUGGCUCCACUGUUAAAAUUGUAACACUCUUGUUGAAUUGAUCCCAGUUUUUCAUCAAUCAUAUGGAAGCCAUUUUU